UGCGGUGCGAGAAAAGAGAUCAUUUGUUCAAAACACCUGCAUUACCAACGUGCAAAGUGUCUCAAAUCUCUCGUUUUUAAUAUCAUACACCCCAGAGAUGAUUACCACGCACCUAUUUGUGAAUUUAACGAAUAUUUGACAUUUGAAAACGCGCCCGUUUUCUUUUGCAAUGGACAGUGUUUGAAAGACAGAUAAACCGACAGCUGAAGAUCGCUUUGAGUGAUAUCUGCGGUCGAGAACGGGAGCAGCGGAUCCACCGCACGCACGCACGCACACACGCCCGCUCGAGCUCUUCCACACACACGCGCUCGAUCUCUUCACCGCGUGCACAGACGCUCAUCCACUUGACCGGUGCGGUAUAGACAUUGUUACGUUUUAUCCACUUCUAAAAUCCGCGCGUUGAUCCAUAAUGGAAGAGAACAUGGAAGAAGGACAAACCCAGAAAGGGGGCUCUGAAUGCUGCCUCAAAUGCCUGAGUGGGAUUCCCUACGCCUCUCUGAUUGCCACCAUCCUGCUGUAUGCCGGGGUGGCGCUCUUCUGUGGCUGUGGUCAUGAGGCUCUCUCUGGAACCGUCACCAUUCUGCAGACCUAUUUUGAUGUUGUCCGGUCACCUGCUGAUGCCCUGGAUGUCUUUACCAUGAUUGACAUUUUUAAGUAUGUGAUCUAUGGAGUGGCAGCAGCCUUCUUCGUUUAUGGUAUUCUGCUGAUGGUGGAGGGAUUUUUCACCACUGGGGCCAUUCGGGACCUCUAUGGGGACUUUAAGAUCACCACCUGUGGACGCUGUGUCAGUGCUUGGUUCAUCAUGCUUACUUAUAUCUUCAUGUUGGCUUGGCUGGGAGUUACAGCAUUCUCCUCCCUGCCAGUCUUCAUGUAUUUCAGCAUCUGGAACACCUGUCAGAACACCACACUGUUGGAAAGUUCCAACGUUUGCUUCGACCUGCGUCAGUAUGGAAUUGUGUCCAUCAAUGAGGAGAAAAAACUGUGCACUGCUUCUGAGAACUUCAUCAAAAUGUGUGAAUCUAAUGAGCUGGAUCUGACAUUCCACUUGUUUGUCUGUGCACUUGCGGGGGCUGGAGCAGCCGUUAUCGCCAUGGUGCACUACCUGAUGGUGCUGUCGGCUAACUGGGCUUACGUGAAGGACGCCUGCCGGAUGCAGAAAUACGAGGAUAUCAAGUCCAAGGAGGAGCAAGAACUUCAUGAUAUCCACUCUACUCGCUCUAAAGAGCGUCUGAACGCAUACACAUAAAGCACGCGCUCAUGCACACACAUAUAAAUAUGUAUACAUGCACACAGACACACAUAAGCAUGCCCUUCCCCUCCUUGAAGUUACACAUCUAAACUAAACUUAACUAUAUUUAAUUUCCAUGGUUUCCAGGGGUAAGGGAUUGGAUGGGAUGGGGUGGUAAAUAACUGUACCACUUGGUAUGUACGGGUUUGACCCAGAAUGUUGGUCUAGGUGCUUAUCGUCUAAAUGGCAACAUCUUUGACUACCCAGGAUUUCGAUUUUUUUUUUCUUUGUCCUUGUUUCUUUGUCCAUUUCUCCUCUACCUCCCUUUUCUGUUGAGAGAGCACACUAAGUUGAGUGACUCCUCUUUUGUAUCACAUACUUUUAGGUCUCAAUGGGUCUUGUUAGGGGGUUUGGGUUUAGCGAAAGGGAUCAAAGAACACUUUUCACAUUUUUGUAUUACACACUGAUGAUUUGCGCUCUUCAAGCUCACCCUAUAAAUGGCUAGUCAUGAUUUAGAUCUUCUUUAGACUUUUUAAAAACCAAAAUGUGACCAAACUUGUAACGUAUGAUUUACAGGUUAAUUGCUCAAGCUGCCACACUUACAGCAGCAACAGCACAAACAAUGUACAGAUUCUUUUAACGAUUAAUUCAGUUUUGGAGUGCCAGGGAUUUCAAAAAGUACCUUAAAGUGACUUUUACUGCUAUACUGUAGCUUGGCCUAAAUGUAUAUUCUAGCAGCGCGCAGUAUUAAUGGAAGAUGUAACACUGGUGCUCAGUAACGUUUGUUAAGUUUUGACAGAGAUGGCUGCUGAUUGGGAAAGAUGGACCGAAAUCGGCUACAGCGCUCUUUUCAAGUAGGAUUUGCCUUGGGAUAUUUGUUUUCUCUCAUCCAUUGCAAGCCAUACUCUCACAUGCAAAUAAUAUUUUCUGGUGUUUUAUUGCUUAGUUUUAGCUUUAACCUUUUAAAUGCAAGUACUCAAACAAAAACACAUUUUUUCAUCAUUCAUCUGGACUGUAUAUACCUCUUUAAAUGUUUACACAUUUCAUGUCCGUUCAUCUCGGCAGUCAGUGUUAGUUGAUAUUCUUGAGAUUGUCGUUCAUAUCAGAGAAGUAUAAAUCUAAGUGGAAAAGUUGAUUGCAUUGGAUCUGCCAAACACUGUGGAGGGUUAAAUAGACAAGGUAUUUACGUAAAAAUCGAACACGUUCCGAAUAAAUACAAGAAAGAUAUGGAUGUACCAGCAUGUGUUACUCAAAACUCAGUGUUUUGGUUCGGUCUUGCCAACUUCAGUUGCCCUACUUUUGCAGUAAAGUACUUUUGUCAGUGUCUCAAAAAACUAAAAUAAUAAUAAAAAAGAAAAGAAAAAAAAAACUAGUUUUUGUGCACUUAUGGACCAUUGUGAGUUUUUUUUUUUUUUGGUGUGUUGUUGCAUUUGGAAUCAGCUCUGAAACCCUGUACUCUUAUUAGUCUUGCAGCUUUUUAAAAACCACAAAAGAAACCUGUAUUAGGUGAAAAACAUUGAUAUAGUUGUUAUUUGUGGCAUGGUUAUGCAUCCAAUGGUAAUAGUUUUAACCAACUCAAAAACAAAAAACAAACACAAAAAAAAUCCUUUAUUUAGAUUUUUACACUUAAGACUGUCUUGCUGGGGUUGAUUAUAUAUAUUUUUUUCUAAAUGUGCAGUAUUACAGUUGCUAAGCUAACAAUAUUAAGCUAAAUAUCUUAUUAGGUUUUAGUGUUUGCGUUUUGUCCUUUCUAGUUUGUGAUGAUUUUUCCAAACCAUGUCUUAAACCUAUUCUUGUUAUGAUGUUGCGUAUCCAGUAUUACCCUGACGUUGCUUUCAGAUUUAUCCACAUACUGUACUAGUUUUUUGUACUUUCACUGAGAAUGCUUUGUAGCAGGCAGUGAAAUUAACUGGUUUUGUACAUAAAUGUGCCAACAGCUUGACAGUGGCUUUUUUCUUUUCGAACUGUAGAAACAAAGUUGCUUGCGUAAAUAAAAACACUUGUGUACUUGUUAA